AUGAUGAGGUCAGAUCGGCGGGAAUACUUGGUAGUGGGAUUCACGAGUAUCGUAGCGCUUUCUACGUUGUAUGCCAUGUACAAAUUGAAUAAAGAGAAUAAGAAGAAGAAGGCUCAGUACAGCCCGAUCAUAAUCGAGGAUCAUCGACAGAUUGCGGACGGGUUGACUGAUUUGAUUGGCAACACACCUCUGAUACGGAUACCGUCGCUAUCGAAUGCGCUCGGCGUCGACAUUCUGGGUAAAUGUGAAUUCAUGAAUCCUGGUGGAAGCGUCAAGGACAGAGUGGCGUUAAAGAUCAUACAGGAUGCGGAAGACAGAGGCGAUCUCGCACCGCAUACGAACUCGUGCAUUUUCGAAGGAACAGUAGGAAGUACUGGGAUAUCAAUAGCAAUGGUAUCCAAAGCCAAGGGAUACAGAGCAGAAGCUAUCAUAAUGCCAGACGACGUCUCGGCUGAAAAGGCUGACCUUCUUGUCAAACUUGGUGCCGAAGUGGAGAAAGUUAGACCAGCAUCUAUAAUUGACAAGAAACAGUUUGUAAAUCUAGCGAAAGUGCGCGCAUCACAAUAUACCGAGCGUACGGACAAAGCAGUCGGUUACUUUGCAGAUCAAUUCGAGCGUCUGAGCAAUUGGCACGCACAUUAUGACGGAACAGCCCCCGAGAUUUGGAAACAAACUGAAGAUGGUCAGUUCAGCGCAUUCGUAAGCGGCGCUGGUACGGGUGGGACUAUCAGCGGUUGUGCCACAUACUUUAAACAGCGCAAUAGCAAUAUCAAAACCAUCCUCGCUGAUCCUGAAGGAUCAGGUUUGUACAACAGGGUCAAAUAUGGCGUUAUGUUCGCUUCUCAAGAAAAGGAAGGCACAAAGCGACGCCAUCAAGUUGAUAGUAUCGUCGAAGGUAUUGGGAUUAACAGGCUGACAGCCAAUUUUGAGCAAGGGCUGGAACACAUAAAUGAUGCUGUUAGAGUGAGCGAUGAGGAAGCUGUUGCUAUGAGCAGAUAUAUCAUGGCUAAUGAUGGUCUCUUUUUGGGCUCGUCAUCCGCUUGCAAUCUCGUGGCUGCGGUGCGAAGUGCAAAGAAGAUGGAGAAAGGCUCAUCGAUUGUCACUAUUCUAUGCGAUAGCGGUGGUAGACACCUUAGUAGAUUCUGGGAUGACAGCAGGCUGGAGGAGUUGGGCAUAAAGGUUAGGAGCGAUAUAUAUGAUAUAAUUGCAUAG